AUGGAGACCAAGAGCUCCUGCGAACAGCAAGAAGCAGAGUCCGAGUCCUACCUGUCGCGGAAAGCAACAUGGGGGCGGACCACGAACCUAACCCGGUCCUGCAGCCCCAGCCAGUGCACCUGGAAGUCCUCCUUGCUGUCCUUCGCCUACACCGAGGGCUUCCGCUGCAGCACUGGUGGUCGACUCCGCGGCGUCAGGCCGUUUGCGCUCACUCCGCGGGAGGAGCCGCAGCUGCUGCGUCUACGCCCCACCUCGCUCCGCACCCAAGACAUCUCGUACUUGCUCACCAGCGUUUUCCGCAAUGUCUACUCUGCCAACGUGAUUGACGAGGAUGUGUGCACUAGUCUAAUCAAAGCCCGCGGCAGCGAGGAUGCACGCCACGAGCAGUUCGUGGACUCACUACAGCAGAUUCGAGAGCUCUACAAGCAGCGACUGAAGGAGGUUGAAAUGUUGGAGAGGCACAUCAUUCAGGCCCGCGCUCGGGCCAUGGCAGAGGAAGAACAGACCAUGCGCCAGGCAGAAGUACAGUCCUUUGGGGACUUGAAUGUCAUCAAGUUGCCUCCAGUCAAGUCUGUCUUCAGAUGGUUUGUGGACAGUGAGUUACUACGGAAACAUCAUUUGAUCUGCCCCGAAGAUUACUACAGUGAUACAGUGCCAUUUUGCUCUGCGCCUAAAGGCAACUUCCUCCCUAGAUGUCAAAAAAUGACAUUCAGUUGUGAGAAACGUGCCAUUAGAAAAAAAGAGGUGGCCAAGAAGCUUGAUGUUUUAUGUAGAAAGAAGUUUGCUGAUACUGAGCAGUCAGACCUCAGUUUGGACAAUUUGACAAGUGACUCAUCUCAUGCCGAACACAGGACCAAACAAACUGCCAAGAAAGCAAGUCCACCGCGGAAUAAAAACUGGAUGAACCACUUACGUGUGCCACAGAGAGAACUGGAGCGACGUCUGCUUGCCCGGAUGGAGAGUCAGAACCGCUUCCUAAAAAACCCUCGGUUUUUCCCUCCUGACACUCCAUAUGGAGGCAGGUCUCUUCUUUUUCCUCUAAAGAAGCCAGAACAGAAAGGAAAAUUCCAGAGUAUAAUGUCAGAACAGAGUUGUGCCGAUACUCCAGUGUUUCUAGCUAAGCCGUCAAUUGGAUUUUUCACAGAUUAUGAAGUUGGACCAGUUUAUGAGAUGGCAAUUGCUGUGCAGAACACCACUGCAACUAGCCGCUACCUGCGAGUUCUCCCACCUUCUACUCCAUACUUUGCUCUUGGAUUAGGAAUGUUUCCUGGCAAAGGCGGCAUGGUGGCUCCUGGGAUGACCUGCCAGUACAUUGUCCAGUUUUUCCCCGACUGCCUUGGUGAUUUUGAUGAUUUUAUUUUAGUAGAGACCCAGUCAGCCCACACCCUCCUGAUCCCUCUGCAGGCCCGGAGGCCACCUCCAGUGCUGACAUUGCCCCCAGUGCUGGACUGUGGUUACUGCCUCAUUGGGGGCAUCAAGAUAACCAGAUUCAUCUGCAGAAAUGUGGGCUUCAGUGUUGGCAAGUUCUGCAUUAUGCCCAAAAAGAGCUGGCCACCGCCAAGUUUCAGGGCUGUGACAACCAGUGGCUUUGUUGAGCAACCUCCCUUUGGAGUCCUGCCUUCCGUGUUUGAGCUGGCCCCAGGACAGGCCAUAUUAAUGGAGGUCUUGUUCCUCCCAAAGAGUAUAGAAAAGGCAGAACAGACCUUCGUGAUCGUGUGUGACAACUGCCAGAUAAAGGAGCUGGUGACUGUAGGAAUCGGACAACUGGUUGCUUUGGAGCUGAUCUAUGUUUCUGGUGAAAAAAGUCAACCCGAGCCUGGCGAGCUCACCGACUUAACCGCCCAGUACUUCAUCCGCUUUGAGCCUGAAAACCUUCAGUCUACCGCUAAGAAACAGCUGAUCAUUAGAAAUACUACGCACGUGGAACUUACCUUCUACUGGCAGAUCAUGAAGCCCAACCUGCAGCCCCUAAUACUGGGAGAAGCCUACAGCAUGGACAGUAUCAAGUACCACCCUGACACGGAGACAGCCUUCUCCAUCAUGCCUGCAAAGGGGAUUCUCAACCCACACACGGACCAUGAGUUCUUCCUGAGCUUUUCUCCUCAUGAGCGGCGGGGUUUUCACAGUGUUCUCCAGAUGGUGCUAGAGCAAGUCCCGGAGCCCACAUGUUCAGAUACUCAGAACCUGGAGGAUACUUCAUACACUUUGGGUAAUGUGAUUGUCCUCGAAGUUGAGGUGAAAGGCUCAGUAGAACCUUUCAAGGUUCUCUUAGAGCCGUAUGCCCUCAUCAUCCCUGGAGAGAACUACAUUGGCGUAAAUGUGAAGAAAGGUUUUAAGAUGUGGAAUCACAGCAAGUCCCCCAUCAAGUACAUGUGGGAGAAGAUUAGCGACUGCCACAUCAUUGAAGUGGAACCCUGUACAGGGGCUAUAGAACCCAACGAGGUCGGGGAUUUUGAGUUGAACUUUACUGGAGGUGUUCCUGGUACAACAAGCCAGGACCUGGUGUGUAAAAUAAGAGACUCGCCCUCACCAGUGGUGUUGCACAUCGAGGCGGCCUUUAAGGGGCCUGUGCUCGUCAUCAACGUCUCAGCCCUUCAGUUUGGUUUGCUUCGCCUGGGGCAGAAAGUCACCUACCCCAUCCAGAUCCAGAAUGUCAGCCAGCUCCCAGCCAUGUGGCACAUGAAGGAGAGCACAGUCUACCUUGAAGAAAGGCAUGAAAGUGAGUCUGUCUUCCACAUUGAACCCUCAAGUGGCCAGCUUCACCCACUAGGAGACUGCAAAGUGAAUGUCACCUUCGAGGCCUUGCUCUGCCAGAGUCUGCAGACGGUCCUGGAGCUGGAGGUGGAAAACGGAACCUGGAGCUACCUUCCUGUGUAUGCUGAGGUGCAGAGGCCCCAUGUGUACCUGCAGAGCAGCCACAUGGAGUUCAGCGACCUCUACCUGGAUGUACCCACGAUGGCAGCCACCACACUCAUCAAUGGCACGCUCCUGCCCACCCAGUUCCAGUGGGGCAAGCUCCUGGGGCACCAAGCAGCCCUCUGCACUGUGACAGUCUCCCCCAGAUGUGGCAUGCUGGGCCCCAGUGAGGAACGCCGGCUCACCUUGCAGUUGACUGCUCACACCCAGGAAGAGCUGACUGAUCUGGCCCUCCCGUGCCAUGUGUCGGGCAUGGAGAAGCCGCUUGUCCUGGGCAUUUCUGGGAAACCCCAGGGACUGCAAGUUUCCAUCACCAUCACUGUGGAGGGCUCAGAGAGAAGCUUCUUCAGCACAGAGCAGUGGUCAGGCCACCCAGAGGAUCUCCGCCUGGACUUGGGCUCAGCAGUGCCACUGAGAACUUGUGUGAACUGCCAGCUCAUCCUGACCAACCACUCCCCGAUACAGACCCCUUUCACCCUCAAUUUUGAGUAUUUUGGAAGCCCGCAAAAGAACCUGAGCAAAAAGACCAGCCUCCUUGACUUGGCUCCUGCCCUGCUAAAGACGGCACGGAUUCAAGAGCAUCUGGCCAAGCGAGAAAAGCUGGAUUUUAUGAAAAGCAUGUUGUCUCAUGGGAAAGGAGCUGCCUUUUCCCCCCAUGUUUCCAGAGGCAUGCUGGGAGCCUACCAGCAGCUCAGCAUUGGCAUCACGGGCUGUGCAAACAUGUGGGGCGAAUACUGGGACAACCUCAUCUGCAUGGUGGGGAACCUGCCUCCAGCUGUCAUCCCAGUGCACAUGGCUGUGGUGGGCUGUCCCAUCAGCUCCCAGAGGACCACCUACUAUACUGUUGACCAGCCUCUCAAGGAGCCCACCAUCAGGUUCGGCACCUCACUCUCUGGAGGAGACACAGUCACCCGGGUCCUUCGCCUGAAUAACUCCAGCCCCUGUGACAUUCGCCUGGACUGGGAGACCUAUUCUCCAGAAGACAGGGAGGAGCAGCUGGUGGAGUUACUGGUGUUUUAUGGGCCACCCUUCCCGCUACGUGACCAAGCUGGGAAUGAACUCAUGUGUCCUGAGAGCCCUGAGGCCAGCAACUUCGGGUCUCCAUGUCCCUCCGAUGAAUCCGAAUGCAGCAGCCAUGAAACUGUCCAUUCUGCUGAGAGCAGCCCCCAUGACAGCACCAAGGCCACACAGAUCAUCUCAGUCAUCCUGCAGGAGCAUGAGGGGGUACCCUGCACCUCCCUGUACUCUGUCAGACCUAGGCAGGUGGUGGUCCCUGCUGGGAGUAGCAGCACUAUCUCCAUCUCCUUCACACCCAUGGUCCUCAGCCCCGACAUCUUGAACAAGGUGGAGUGCACUGGCUACGCCCUAGGCUUCAUGAGCUUGGACAGUGAGGUCGACAGGGAGAUUCCAGGGAGGAGGCGCCGGCUGCAAGACUUUGCUGUGGGACCCCUGAGACUAGACCUGCAUGGCUACGUAAGGCCUGCACAGCUGAGUGUGGAGCUGGACUAUGGUGACGGCAUGGAAUUCCAGCACCAAGCCAGUGAACUCAUUCCUGAAGAGCCCUGCUCUGGGGUGCUGAGUGAGUUGGUGAAUACCCACCACCUGAAGUUGACCAACACAACAGAAAUCCCACACUCCUUCCGGCUCCUGGUCUCCAAGCCUUUUUCCAUUUCUCAAGAUGGGACCAGUCUCAGAACUUCUGGUCCUAACCAGCAACAGGCAUGUGAGGAGACUGCAGAAGAGGACAAGCUGCUGGUGCUCCAACCACAGGAGAACAUGCUGGUGAACGUGUCCUUCUUGCUAUCCUUGGAGCUGCUCUCCUAUCAGAAGCUCCCAGAUGACCAGUUGCUGCCUGGAAUGAAGAUUCAGCAGAGUGCAAGGGGAGAGAGGGAGAUGGUGUUCACUCAGAACCUGCUCCUGGAGUAUACCAACCAGACCACUCAGGAGGUGCCUCUGCGGGCAGUUGUGGCCGUGCCUGAGCUACAGCUCUCCACCAGCUGGUUGGACUUUGGGACCUGCUUUGUGAGCCAGACGCAGACCCGAGAGGUCUACUUGAUGAACCUGAGCCGCUGCCGGAGCUACUGGGCUGUGCUGAUGAGCCAGCAGGAUACCACUAAGGGCACUGUGGCCUUCAGGGUCUCCCCAAGAAGCGGGCUCCUGGAGGCACGACCAGUCAACGCGCCCCCACCUUCCAUCACCCUCCAGGUUACCUUCACUGCCAGGAGCAGUGAGCUGUAUGAGUCCACGCUGGUGGUGGAAGGUGUGCUUGGUGAGAAGGCCUGCACCUUGCAGCUCCGGGGUCAAGGCUCUUAUGACGAGAAGUACAUGACCCCCCAACUGUGGAAAUAA